GUUGGAUUCCAUGAAAGUUGUCGGGCAGUAAAUCUCGUACAAAACCGUGAGAUUUCAGAUUCGCGUUCCUCUUUCAACUCUCCUCCAAGAUGCCUACCAAGAAGACCAAGACCAGGAAGCUCCGUGGGCACGUCAGCCACGGACAUGGUCGUAUCGGCAAGCACAGGAAGCAUCCUGGAGGUCGUGGUAAUGCCGGUGGCAUGCAUCACCACAGAAUUAACUUCGACAAAUACCACCCUGGGUACUUUGGUAAGGUGGGCAUGAGACACUACCAUCUCAAGAGGAACACCGUGCACUGUCCCACUGUCAACCUGGACAAACUGUGGACACUCGUGAGCGAGCAGACCAGGCUCAACUAUGCCAAGAAGCCCGAAGGCCCUGCGCCCAUCAUUGAUGCCGUGCGCGCUGGCUACUUCAAAGUGCUGGGCAAAGGCAAACUGCCCAAGCAACCUGUGAUCGUCAAGGCAAAGUUCUUCAGUCGACGGGCAGAGGAGAAGAUCAAGGCAGUGGGAGGAGCCUGCGUGCUGAUGGCAUAAGCUCCUGUCAAUGUUUUUUGCAAGAAUAAACUGUAUAAAUUAGA